AUAUAGCUCUUCAAUUCACGGAGAUAGAAAAAGAUUAUAUUAUCGUCAGUCGUAGUUCUAAUCUGAAAUUAUCCAAUAAAUAAAAUUUAAUUGAGAUGGCGGAGAGAAACGAAAGAAUGGAUGGUAGAGAUGAUGACCUAAAGAGACCAGCUCAAGAUGAAAUCCUGUCGCCAACUUUUGCGCCUACCAAACUUAAAUUCCCAAACCACAUCCACACAGAAAUGGAUGAAAAAUUUCAACAACUGGCUGACACCAUUUUGAGCAGAAGCACGGAGAUAAUUGGCAAAGAAGGGUCUGCUCCCUAUGAAAUCCCGGAAUACCCCAUUGAAGAAAAUGAAAGGAAAUUUUAUUUUGAGAAGCAACUCAGCUCAAGAUUUUUUAACACUGGUGAUCAAGCAUCCGCAGAUCAUGAAAGAAAUAACUCUGUUGGCAAACCGAGCGCCAUGGACAGUGAGUCCUACCAGAGAAUGUCCUCCACUGACGCCUACGAUGAAAUCCCAGAGGUCAAGGAGGAAUAUGACCUAGCGCCCGACUUCCAGCGAAUUUACAUCGCUGGGCAAGAAAUUAGUGGGAUUUCAAGCCUUGGGGUACCCAUACAUGACCUGAAAGAGGCAUCCAAGAGUCUGGUGCAGGCUCUGAUGAUUCGAGAGAAAUACAUGGCCAUGUCGCAUCAGUCUUUUCCAAAGAUCACUGCCCGCUUCCUCCAGAAUCUAGAAGAUAAUGAGGAGUUCCAAGGAAUGAAGGAGGGCUUUGGAAAGGGCUCGACAGAUGUGGAUGGAAUACCAUACUUUGAUCGUAGAGUUUCCGAUCAUCCUUUCCACCCUCCAAAGAAAGAAGAUCCAUUUGACAUUGAGGUGCCCAUGGGGGUGGAGUGUUCUUUGAAAAUGGUUCAGGGCUUGAUGUAUGUCUAUGAAAACGAGGAAGCCGUGAAGAAUAACACCCCCCUGGAGCUUCCGUACAUCCAGCCCAAGACUUUCCUGGCUGACCAGAACAUCAUGUACGCCCUGAUCAGUGAUGGACCCCUGAAAUCUUUCUGUUAUCGGCGAUUGAGUUAUUUAUCGUCCAAAUACCAACUGCAUACUCUAAUGAAUGAAUUAAAAGAAUCAGCAGCCCAGAAAGAGGUUCCCCACAGGGACUUCUACAAUAUCAGGAAGGUGGACACGCACGUCCAUGCAUCCUCCUGCAUGAACCAGAAGCAUCUGUUGAGAUUCAUCAAGAAGAAGAUGAAGACUUGCUCAGAUGAUGUCGUAUGCAAGGACAAGAAAUCUGGGAAGGAGAUGACGCUUGCAGAGGUGUUUGACAGCAUGGCGCUCAAGCCUUAUGACCUCAGUGUUGACAAACUCGAUGUGCAUGCGGAUCGGAACACCUUUCAUCGAUUUGACAAGUUCAACGCAAAGUACAACCCCAUAGGAGAGAGCAGACUGCGAGAGAUUUUCAUCAAAACAGAUAACUACAUCAAUGGGAAAUACUUUGGACAUGUGAUUAAAGAGGUCAUGGAAGAUUUGGGAGAGAGCAAGUACCAGAAUGCUGAAUACCGUCUGUCCAUUUACGGACGAUCCCGAGAUGAGUGGGACAAACUCGCGUACUGGGCCAUUGAAAACAAAAUCUACUCGGAUAAUGUCAGAUGGAUGAUUCAGAUUCCAAGGCUCUAUGACAUCUACAAGAGUGCAAAGAUUGUGAAGAACUUCCAGGAAAUUCUAGAAAAUAUUUUCAUGCCUCUUUUUGAGGUCACCCGAAAUCCCCAGUCUCACCCAGAGUUACACAAGUUCCUUAUAUAUGUGAGUGGGUUUGAUUCGGUGGAUGAUGAAUCUAAGACGGAGCAUAUCAAGUUUGACCUGGAGACUCCCCUCCCUGAGGACUGGUGCCAGGAUGAGAACCCACCCUACAGCUACUAUCUCUACUACAUGUAUGCUAAUAUCACAGUGCUGAACCAGUUCAGAAGGGAGCGGUCAUUGCCGACCUUCACCUUGCGGCCUCACUGCGGGGAGGCAGGUAACGUGACACACCUGGUGGCAGGCUUCAUGCUGGCCGAGAACAUCUCCCAUGGUCUCGUUCUCAGAAAGGUCCCGGUGCUGCAAUAUCUGUACUAUCUGGCACAUAUUGGCAUAGCCAUGUCCCCCCUCAGUAACAACUCACUGUUCCUCAACUAUCACCGCAACCCACUGCCCGAGUACUUUGCUAGAGGCCUCAAUAUCUCUCUCUCCACAGAUGAUCCACUGCAGUUCCACUUCACUAAGGAGGCCCUGAUGGAAGAGUACAGUAUAGCAGCCCAGGUGUGGAAGCUGUCCACCUGUGAUAUGUGUGAAAUUGCCAGGAAUAGCGUGUUGCAGAGUGGCUUUGAACAUGAGGUGAAGCGACAUUGGUUAGGGCCAAAUUACACUAAAGAAGGUGUGGCAGGAAAUGACGUCAGUCGAACCAAUGUUCCGGACAUUCGCGUGGCGUACCGAUACGAGACACUGGUGGAGGAACUGAAGUGUAUCUGCCGUGGCGCCAUACUGUAUGAUGAGUCGAUGGAUUCUGUGUCCAGUAAAAAGUAAAAGUGCUCUAAGUUCUUCCAACUACCACCCCCCUUCACCCUCCUUCCCUUUUGAGGAUCUCUGUGACUUGCCAGUGAUAGUUGUUAAUUUAUUGAAUCUGUUGUGUAUUAAUAGAUUUUAAUCAAAAUAGGCAUUUUUUUGUUUGAAAAUUUUUAUGAAUACAUUGUAUAUAUAUUUUUAGUAUGAUUGAAAUGUUACCUUUGAUAUACAUGACUGUGUUCCUAAAACAUGUAUACAUGAUUACAGCCUCUCAAAUUGCUUUGCAAUUUUUUUUUAAAACAGGAGGUAAUUUUGAUUACCGGUAUAUUCAGAAUGGCUUUAACUUUAACUGCAUUUAUUUUUACUGGAACUUGGCAAAAAAAAAAAACCCAAAACCAUGAGAAUUAUUGAGGAAUCAGGUACAUGUACAAAUGUAUGUAACAAGCUUUUAUGUAAACUUUAUUUUUAUUACACUUUGGUUUCAUACACAAUCAAGGUACUGUGUGCAAUAUAAAUCAACUUUUACAAAUAUUUAAUGCAUGUGCUAUACAGAUUUUUAAGUUGUUACCCUCAGGUUUCGAUUUUUACUUCCUAUAGUAUUAAGUAUGAGUAAUUAGGAACUUUAAAAUAAGCUAAUGAUUAUUGUGAAAUUAUCUUAUGUUCUGUGGUGAAAAUGUCAUUUUUUGUUGCGUUUUAGAUGCUCACAUGAUAUAUGUGUGAUUGCUAGUCUUUCUAUGUGAUACUAACAUUCAGAAAAAGCAUUCCUGUAGAUUACUCCUUAGUUAAAUAUAGAUGUAUAUGUAAGAGUUUGUUAGGAGUAUUCUUGAAUGUGUAAUGUUGGUUAUGAAAAAAAAUUGUUUCGAUUAAUAGUUUAAUAACUUAUUAUUAUAUUAAUUUUGUAAAUGUUUUGUCUUAAUAUCAUAGUUAGCGCAUUAGUUAAUUUCUUAAAUGUAAUUUCACAUAUUGUAUGCAUGUAUUUGCAAUACUAUAUAUCCUGCCAAAAUUUUUAAAAUGUUGUGCUUUUGAUAGUUUGAAAAUUUAUUAAGUAUUCACUAAUAUCCGAUGUGCAUUUACAAUAAUUUUGCUGGUAUGUGCUAUGUUCUUUGAUUGCAUAAUUUUUUUGCUUUGGAACUAAAGAUCUGAGAAAUUGUUCAUGUUUAAAAUGUGACAAAAAACAUGUUGAAUGCUUAGCUCAUAGCCAUCUAAAAUGGCCUGCUAUAGAAUUGGUACUUGCUGUAAAUUAUAGAUCCAUGGUCCAAAUCAGAUAAGUCUACUGUUACAAGCAUCUGUUUUUAUGAUAUAUAAGAUGGUAGUAAAUUGUUUUCCUUAACAAGAUGCUGAUUCAAAAAGUAUCUUUCUCAAUUUUUUAGGUUCUGACAAAAACAUUUUAAGAUUAAUGGGUGGGAACUGCAUGUUAGGCUGCUUACAAAGAAUUUUUAAUAAUGCUGGGAAACUUUCACCUUAAGCUUUGCUAAAUUAAAACAAUCCAGCAUAUUAGUAAGAUUUAUGCAUAUGAAGAUUUAGUUGGCUUAUAACUGAUUUUGAUUCAAUUUUAUCAUUUAAUCUUUAAUUAUUUCAUUCACAUCUGUCAAGAUGAUCACUAAAGAUACUGCAAAUUAACAUGUACGGUAUAGUUAGUUAGUUACGGUCUUUCAACACCAGAGUGCAUUUCAAUUUUUCAAUGUAAGUUUAAACUGAUAUUGUGUGGUAUAAAAAUGAUGUUUGUUUUAGUCAGACAAGAAGAAAUUAAUAUACUAGGUACAUGUAUUAUCCUCUGAAAAUUUACAUCAGUCAGAGCCAAGACUCUUUUGUCUCGCACAAGUUGGUGUGAUACUUAUAUUACCCGGUAAGUACUAGUACUUUAUCAGGUUGAAUUCAGCUCUAUUAUUAUGAUAUGGAUUUAUCUUAUUUUUUAAGUUUGUUAAUUGAAAACAUGGUUUUGUGUAUAUCUUGGAUGAUUUAGCAUUUGCUGCUUAUAGUUUGCUCCUGUCAAUAAACAGUUUUGAUCAGUCAGAAA